AUGGACGUUUUGUUUCCUCGACAGGCCAACAGCUGCUCUGGAAGCAAGCAGUGGUAUGUCUGUACGGCUGGGAGCUUUCGUGGAUGCUGCUCCAGUGAUCCUUGUACGAGGGGCGUCUGUCCGGAUGAUGAAUCGGUAUCUUCUUCAUCGACGACUACCUCUACCCCCUCGUCGGAGUCAUCAGCCGACACAGACUCUUUGACCUUUUGGACCACGGUGAACAGCCGCACCGGGGGCGCGGCGACUAUCACAACAGAAUCCCCAACUACCUCGCCCACGGCUUCGACUACAGACGCCAAAAUUACCAGUCUGGUGAAACCCAGCACUAGUGCCGCUGCAGGUACCACGACACUCACUUCAUCCAGUGCAGCAGGUGCCAGAUCCGCCAGCCAUGCAGGCCUUAUCGGCGGAGUAGUGGGAGGCAUCGCAGCAUUGGUCCUCUGCACUCUUUUGAUCUUCUGCUGGCGCCGCAAGAAGCGCGCGAAAAGGUUCACACUCCUCAGAUGGCAGAAAUCCGGAUCGAGUCAACCCCAUUAUGAUCCAGAUAUGGCCUUCAACAUGAAGGGAGACUUCUCCCCAUCAUUCAAUGAGACCAGUCGGUUGAAUGACUCAUCUCCCAAUCGCCCACCAUCAGCCCCAUCAGCCACGGGCUCGCACACGAACCCGAACACACUGCACGCCGAGUCCCUGCCGAGUAGCCUCAGCAACACCGCCACCAACAACAACAGCGCCAGGGGUCUAGCUAUAGGAGCAGCGUCCGUAUCCUCAGCAACGCUAACCUCCCAGUCUUUGCGCGGCCUCCCCGUUCUCCCACCCAUCAUCCCAACCUCCAGCGAGGUCUUCGCCUCCAUUCCCAGCCGCGUAGGCCUCACCCCCGAGCUCCCAGACACGGGAUUCUACCGCCAGCGCGCCGAACUAGCCCCGCACUCACAGAGCGAACUAAUCAACGUGCCGCUGGACCAGCGCCGACGCAGAAACCCGCUGCGCCGGCAUUCGAAACUCGCCGGCGACGAGGAAAAGAGAAAGAAGAAGGAAAAGUUCUCUUCUUCUUCUUCCUCAUCAACUUCUUCUCGGUCUCGCGAUUCACCUGCUAUCCCUUCGAGCGUGGCGAGUCCAAGCAGCUGUAGUAUCAGCAGCGCUAAUAGCCCCGGUCUCGCAACCCGCCACACAGCUCGAAGAGUGGUUACCGCAGACGGAGUCGUACUGGGCGCGAACCUGGAUUUCUUUCCCGGUGGACCGCACUCUGUUUUCGAAAGUCAAUGUCAAAGUCAGGAGCAGGGACAAAGCCGCAAAACGAAGAACAGCGAGUGCGGCUCCAAGAAUCAUGUCAUGAGCUUCAUGCACUAUGAUAGUGAUGUUGAGCUGGGAGAAGGAGGGUUCGUGGGGCAUGCUGCCGUUUCAUCGGACAGGAGUGCUUUCCAGACUGCGGCGUCCGGGUCGUCUCCUGCGCUGACUAUGCCGACGCUGGAGGAGCAAGUCUCUUCGCCUUCCGGUGAGGCGUUGGCGGCUAAUGAGGCUGGUGGCUAUUCGCCUGAGAAGGAUGUUAAAACGCCCUCUGGGACGAUUGGGUUGGACGUUCGUGGGGAAUGA